ACAGCACCAGUGUCAAAUGAAUCAUCUUGAAGAAACAUGAAAUUCUGGCAAACUGGAGUUGAAUGCAUCAGACGCUAUUUGCAAGGAUAUUAAAGUAGCCUCCAAGGAUGGGAAAUGGAAUGAACAAGAUUGUAGAAGGGCUCUAUGUGGGUAAUAUCCGAGAUGCCCAAGAUCGUAAACGGCUUGACAGUAAUAACAUAACACAUAUUCUGUCUAUACAUGACAUGGCCAAGAAGUUACAUGAUGACAAGGAGUAUCUGUGUAUAAAGGCAAGUGACAAUGCAGCUCAGGACCUGAGUCAGUUCUUCAGACAGUGCAAUGAGUUCAUCCAUGCUGCCAGACUCUCAGGAGGAUCGGUGCUAGUUCACUGCUUAGCAGGUGUGUCGCGAAGUGUGACAGUGACAGUGGCGUAUCUGAUGACGGUGACAAAUCUUGGUUGGAGGGACACCCUGAAGGCAGUGAGAGGGGCUCGCCAGUGUGCCAACCCAAACUUUGGCUUUCAGAGACAGCUUGGUAACUAUGAGGAGGAACAGCUAGAACAGGAAAGAAAAUGGCUGAAAUCUCAAUUCCCUGAGAAUCCCUUCCAAGAUGAGGCUGCCUGUAGGAGGUUAAUGGAAGCUCACUGGCAGUUUGUUCUGCAUGGUAACAAUGCAGAAACUGAAGAGAGCAAUACUUACACUCUUCCAUACAAUGCCUACGGGAACAGAGAGCCUAAAAACCGAACUGACAGUGAGGGUGGCACAAAAAGUGACAGUGAGGCCAACAAACGGACUGUAUCUAAAAGGUUAGAGACAACUGAACAAAGUUCGUGUACUUGGCAAAAUGACAGAUCACAUGGACCUGUUGCAAACAGUAAAGAGACUCAAAUAUUUAGAUCUGAAGUUAAACAUGAUAUUUCAGGCAAGGACUAAAGAUGUAGGGUUAGCUACAUCUGUGAAAUGAACAGGAAACCGCCAAAUAAUGCCAAAGUAAAAAUAAAGUAGUAGGACCCACCCAAACAGCUAUAUUUAGCAGUGACCUAGAUAUUUGACUUGCACUGCAGGAAAAUAUAAGAAGAUGAGUACAUGUGUUGCUGGUUCAGAAAUUAUGUUAAAGGCAGCAAAAAUAUAUGCAAAAUUGUCAUCAGAUUAGGGUCAGAGACUUAUAUUUUUACCACAGGUGAUAUUUUUAGCCAUAAGUGCCAGGAAAUAACUGCUGAAUUUUGUUAUUAUACAUAAAAGUAAUUAUUAUAACCAGGUAAAGAUCAUGUCUUAGUAUUUGAAAGGAAUUCAUCCCUUAUGGGCUUUUCCUAUACAUUUGAAGAAAUAUAAACUUUACCAUGAUUUAUGGACACAUCCCAGCACCAUAAACAGCACUUUUGGCACAUUUGUGCAAUGACAGCACUACAAGUCCAUAAAAAUGAAAUUGUAUGGUGAAAUGUUUUCAGUAAACAAGGAAAAAUUGAAAAAGUGCUCUUUGAUUUGAGUAAUUUCUUGUCAAUCGAUAAAUUAUAUGUGUUUGAUCAGGUUUAGUAAAAUAAAGACUUUUGUCAUA